UGCAACGCCGGGAAACUCGGUCUCAGUCUCAAAAGUACCCAAAAAAAAAACGAUUCCACGGCGGUGCCACCGCCACUUGAACCGAAUAAAUUUGGUUGGAGAUCAAUUUCCCCUCUCCUUUCGGAUUUUAUUUCGUUGCCUAAUUUCUCCGCAACCAAACAGCGUAUACAACUUCCAAUUCAAUUCCGUUGAUUUUGCCGCGCCUCCAAUCAUGGAAGUUCCCGACAACUCAGAAUCCACUGUUCCAAGUAAUUCUCCAAGGCUACCUGGAAUGGUUAAUGGGGGCACAGCAACUGUCAUUGGAGUAUUUGCUGGCAUGUUAUAUGGUGGUAGCAAGGAGGCAGCUGCUUCUGUUAGCAAGGAUGCAGAAGUAAUGUUGAAACUUGGGAGCACAGAAGACAAACGUGAGCAAUAUCGAUUGAUGAGAGAUGCAAUGGAGAAACGAUUCAUUCGAGUUACACGAGGCUCAAUUAUUGGAGGAGUACGCCUUGGCAUGUUCACUGCUGCAUUUUAUGGCAUACAAAAUCUGCUUGCAGAGAAGAGAGGUGUUCAUGAUGUUUUUAAUGUUGUUGGAGCUGGGUCAGCCACUGCUUCAGCUUUUGGUUUAAUCAUGCCUGGAUCACUCCGUUGGCGAGCAAGAAAUAUGGCACUAGGGUCAGUGCUGGGAGCAGCAUUUUGCUUUCCUCUUGGUUGGAUCCAUCUGAAGCUGGUAGAAAUGGCUAAUGAAGGGAAUCCGGAUGCACAUCCACCUUCAGAUCAGAGAGAAGUAAAGAGUGGUGUUAGUGCUGCUAUUGAUAGGCUUGAAGGAAAUUUAAGUAAAUGAAAAGCUAUUGUUAGGUGUGAUACCCCUCACGGCCAGCACGCUUUGUCAUUUUUAUUUUCUUUGAGAAGUGGGGUAAUUUUGCGUUAAAGGAGUUGAAUGGCGUUCAUGCCCUUUUUAUUGGACGAAGUGCUAAUUCAAUAAUUUAGUUAAACGUGUUGCUCAAGAUUUUUCAUGUGAGAUUAUUUGGCCAUGGGUGAUUCAGCUAUGAUGCUUUCAGUCUAGAUGGUUAGAAGUAGUAUGCGUAUUCUUAGAGUACUUAUGUCUUUGGAUUUCAAUUUUUCUCAGCCAAACAAAAAUAUGUAUUUUAGUGGUCGUAGUAUGAGUCAAUUUGUGCAGACAGUCUAAGGCCAGCAUUCUGAGAAAGCUAAAAUCAAUGGAAGAGCAAAUUGAGCCACUUAUCCGGUUAACUGUUAUAUAGGUUACUGGAAUGAAAGGAAAUGCAGAAGUUGCAGAAAUAAUGUCAGACCUCGGGACCUAGUUAACCCAGUCCAGCUUAGUUCAUGGAUUUGGAGGACAUUACAAAAGAAAAAAGAGAGGGUGAGUUAAUUAUGCUAGUGUAGUUCCUUUUAGUGAGGGAAGCCACUGGUGGCUGAGGCAGUUUUGCAUUUAGUUAGAACUGGGUAAAGGUUAUACCUUUUUUGGAGCUCUGCUCGGAUGUUGUUACGAAAUACAUUGUUCUCAUAAAUAGCACUAUUUUUUUUUUUCUUUUUCUGGACUGACACAGAAGCUGAUUACUGUAUGUUAAUUAGAAGGCUGCCUAGGAGAAAGUUGCAUGCUUCAAAUCCAUGCUGAUCAUGUUGCUUAGUAAUACAUUACUUAUACAUGUUUUGUCACCUUGGAUUUGUAUAUUCAAAGAAAAAGUCUAACUGAAGACAAUCAGUUAAUGUACAAAGGAGGUCAUGUUAAAGGACAA